AUGUCCAACAACAAAAACCAAUCCAAUGGUUCUACGUCUAGAACCGGAGCAGACUCUCCCUUCCUACACAAGGCACGUUCAGGUAAAACCGAGAUCCGUGAACUCGAAGCAGUCUUCAAAAAAUUCGACGUGAACGGAGACGGUAAGAUCUCCUCCAAAGAGCUCGGUGCAAUCAUGGCAAGUCUAGGCCACGAGGUUCCAGAGGAGGUGUUGGAGAAGGCCAUAACAGAUAUCGACCGUAAAGGAGACGGUUACAUAAACUUUGAGGAGUUCGUUGAGCUGAACACGAAAGGUAUGGAUCAGAACGAGGUGUUGGAGAAUCUGAAAGAUGCGUUCUCGGUUUAUGAUAUCGACGGGAACGGGUCUAUAUCUGCUGAGGAGCUGCAUGAGGUUUUGAGGAGUCUUGGAGAUGAGUGUUCGAUUGGGGAGUGUAGGAAGAUGAUUGGUGGGGUUGAUAAGGAUGGAGAUGGGACGAUUGAUUUUGAGGAGUUUAAGAUUAUGAUGACGUUGGGGUCUAGGCGUGGUAAUGUUAUGGGAGGUGGUCAGAGAAAGGCUUCAGAAGAAGAGAGAGACGCAGCUGUGUUUGCUAUAAACAAUGCUUUGGUUAAGUACAACAAUGCUCCCAUUGGCGAACGUCUAGAGGAUUCACCCGAUGCCUUUGCUGCUGAUGGUACCGAUGAGAAUAGGGAUGGUACUGUGCAGGAGGCUGAGAUCUCACCUUUACUGAAACUGUGUGGUGAUAUGGACUCAGCAGGGCUCCAUAAGUUUGUAUCAGACAACCGCAAGAACCUUGCAUCACUAAAGGAGGAGAUUCCUGUGGCUCCAGCAAACCCGGCGAGCUUGGUGUUGAACUCUUUGGAAGACUAUUCUACUGUUGUUAGUGUUAAGGAACUGCAUAUUAGCUCUCCUAUCUUGGCUGCUAAAAGCCCUUUCUUCUACAAGCUGUUCUCUAAUGGAAUGAGGGAAUCAGAACAAAGACAUGUAACCCUUACAAUUAGUGCUCAAGAGGAAGGUGCUUUGAUGGAGCUAUUGAACUUUGUGUAUAGCAACUCUCUAACUGCCACGACAGCACCUGCUUUAUUAGAUGUGCUUAUGGCUGCUGACAAGUUUGAGAGAGCAAAAGCUAUUGCUGAAGGAUGGAAUCCACUGCUGGGAAAUCUUGAGAUGGAUGCCUGCAAUGGUAACUCUUUGGAGGCGCAUGCGUUCCUGCAACUACUGGCCACUUUUGCUAUUGUUCCCGACUUUAAAGAGGAGGAACUCUUGAAGCUGAUCCCUAUGGUUUCACGUCGCCGUCAGGCAGCUGAGCUUUGCCGUUCUCUUGGGUUGUCUGAAAAAAUGCCUGGUGUGAUUGAAGUUCUCUUGAACAGUGGGAAACAGAUUGAUGUGGUGAACUUGGCAUUUGCAUUUGGACUCACAGAACAGUUCCCACCUGUCGAGUUAGUGAAAUCUUACUUGACUGAGGCAAGGAGAUCUGGCAAUGCAUCUGCUGCUCAGGCUAGUUUUCCCUUACUUGAUAACUUGCAUUAUACAUCGAUAUUUGACUUUGUAUUCGGGAACCUUGUGUAUAUGGAACUACCAGACACAGGUGAUGGCAGUCUUUCGAGGUUGAACACAUCAGAAAAUCUUCUCGUUUCAACUCAAGACAAGAUUAAAUGGGCGGACAACAUGAGUGAAAUGGACAAAAAACAUCGCAAGGAAACAGAAGGAGUCGAAGAAUUGAAGAAGUCUGUCCAUGAAGUUGGAUCCGCAAAGGGAGGAGGCGACGAGAUUCCUAACAACUGA